CAUUAGUUCGAUCCGGUUUUUGAAUGCUCCCACCGGAAACGUUCUCUCCCCGUUUCAAAUUUUGAACGAGAGAGUAAAACCUUCCACACUCUUCUCCGUAACCCUAAAUUUUCAAAUCUCAGAGAUGGCAUCUGCGGUGCCGGCGGCGGGGCGAGAGUUGUCAAAUCCUCCUUCGGACGGAAUCUCGAACCUCCGGUUUUCGAACCACAGUGAUCACUUGCUGGUGUCUUCAUGGGAUAAGAGCGUCCGGUUGUAUGAUGCGAGCGCCAAUGUGCUGAGAGGAGAGUUCAUGCACUCUGGCCCCGUCCUCGAUUGCUGCUUCCACGACGAUUCCUCCGGCUUUAGUGUCGCCGCCGACAAUACUGUUAGACGGCUUGUAUUCAGCUCCAAUAAAGAGGAUAUUCUGGGAAGGCAUGAUGCACCUGUUCGUUGUGUUGAGUAUUCCUAUGCUGCAGGGCAGCUGAUCACUGGUAGUUGGGACAAAACCCUGAAAUGUUGGGACCCUAGAGGUGCAAGUGGCCAAGAGCGUACGCUAGUUGGGACAUAUCCACAACCUGAGCGUGUUUACUCUCUCUCACUGGUUGGACAUCGUCUGGUUGUAGCAACGGCUGGAAGACAUGUUAAUAUUUAUGAUUUGAGGAACAUGUCUCAACCUGAGCAACGAAGAGAAUCUUCACUGAAAUAUCAAACCAGAUGCGUGCGCUGUUAUCCUAAUGGAACAGGAUAUGCACUUAGUUCUGUUGAAGGUCGGGUUGCAAUGGAAUUCUUUGACCUCUCUGAGGCUAGCCAAGCAAAAAAGUAUGCUUUUAAGUGUCACAGAAAAUCAGAAGCUGGAAGGGACAUUGUCUAUCCUGUAAAUGCAAUUGCAUUCCACCCAAUAUAUGGUACGUUUGCCACAGGAGGUUGUGACGGUUAUGUUAACGUAUGGGACGGAAACAACAAGAAGAGGCUGUACCAGUAUUCAAAAUAUCCUACUAGCGUGGCAGCACUUUCUUUUAGCAGAGAUGGACGCCUCUUGGCUGUUGCAUCGAGUUACACAUUCGAGGAGGGGCCUAAACCUCACGAACAAGAUGCUAUCUACGUUCGUGGUGUAAACGAGAUUGAGGUCAAGCCGAAACCCAAAGUCUAUCCCAAUCCUCCAGCAUGAUUUCUGAUGGCCAUUUUGAAAAUAGGAAUUUCUUCUUUCUACUGUUUCACUUCCCUCUUGUGAACACCAAACACUAAAUGUAAACUAUUGUUGUGAAGUACUGGCUAUUUCCUGAAUACAGGCUGCAGUUAGAAAAUGGCUUACGCAUUUUGUUUGUUCCAAUUCCCUUCGAAGUAAAUUGAAACUGAUUAGCCAAGGCUAACCAUAAAUGUUUGCUUCUCUCUAUUUUCAACUCAGCAUUAAAAUGAAACGUGUCCUAUUAGGGC